CAUUUUUUUAAAACUUUUCCGGCUUAAUUUUCUGUCCUUAAUUGCGCGGCAAUUAAGCGGAUGUGCGGGCGGGAGGAUGAGUUACGAGCUGGAGCGCGAGACGGGUUUCAUCAACAGCCGGCCGUCGCUCGCGGAGUGCCUCACGUGCCUCGCCCCCGUCGGUGAUGCGUUUCGGGGUCCAUCAAUCAGCGGCUCGGCGCCCGCGCCGCCGAUCCCUCCUCCCUUUGAGCACACCAUCCCGAGCCUGGACCCGGACCACGGCCGCCGCCUCCGCCGGCCGGAGCAGCCCCUGCAAGGCGGCGGCGGCGGCCGGCCGCCGGCCCCGGAGUACCCCUGGAUGAAGGAGAAGAAAGCCGCCAGGGGAAAACAGACCGCGGCGGAGGAGGAGGAGGAGGAGGACUCGCCGCCCCUCCGCUUCUCCCCCCAAGGCUCCCCAGAGACGGCAGACAGCGGUGCGGGCGCAUCCCGGAGGCUGCGGACGGCGUACAGCAGCAGCCAGCUGCUGGAGCUGGAGAAGGAGUUCCACUUCAGCAGGUAUCUGUGCCGGCCGAGGCGCGCGGAGAUCGCGGCUCUGCUGGACCUGACGGAGAGGCAGGUGAAGGUGUGGUUUCAGAACAGGAGGAUGAAGCACAAGAGGCAGACCCACAGCAAGGAGAACCGGGACAGCGAGGGGAACCGCCCGUGCUGGGAGGACGGGGGGGCGGAGGACGCGUCCGGGGCGCUCCUCCUGCACAGGGACCGGCACGUCCAGCAGAACUCGCUGACCCGCCAGCCCCCUGCGAGGGGGCACGGCGGGGAGAAGCCGAGUUCGCCUCUCAACGGCAACCUGAAACACUUCCCCAAGCCGUCACCCGCGGCUCCCGUCCGCGGGCCGACGCCCGGCCCGGAGAGCCGCUGUGCCGCCGGGCCCGGUGCGCAGCACGCGGCCCCGGACGGCCCAGCGGCGGAGGUCCAGCAGGCCGCCUGCUCGUCCCGUGCGUCCCCCGGCCCGGCGGGUCCGGCGGGAAGACCCGCGCCCUUUGACCUGUUCUCAGAAACGCUCGCGACGAUCGAGCUGCAAAACUUGAGCUAUUGAACAAUUAUAGAGACCCCCCCCUCGAAUA